AUGGCUGACUACCGCCAUCAUGGCCAAGGACAUCAUUUUCUAAUGGUGACUAUCGCCGCCCAAGGUCAGAUCAAUCCCGCUCGUCACCUUGCUCGCCGCCUCGCCGGAAUAGCUGUAGCUCGUGUUACCCUCGCCACUCCUCUCUCCUCCCACCGCCGGCUAUUUCCCGGAUCCCUCGCAGCCGCCGGCGAGCCGGAUGAUGCAGCGGAGGAGGCACCUCUCAAUCUCGACGGCUCUGGAGUUGUCGCCUACGCGCCGUACUCUGACGGCUUUGAUGAUGGGAUUCACCUCGACGCCGUCGACGGCGGCCUCUUCCUUGAAAGUCUCAAGUCGCAUGGCUCUCGCACACUUGCCGCCAUGGUGCACAACCUCGCCGUGAGGGGCCGCCCAGUGACUUGCUUGUUGCACACCAUCUUAGUCACUUGGGCCACCGACGUUGUGCGCGAUCUUGGCAUCCCUACUGUCCACUAUUGGAUCCAACCCGCCUCAGUGUUCGCCAUCCACUACCACUACUUCAAAGGCCACCAAUGCUUCUCUUAUGUCACAGCCGAAGAGAAAGACUCAUCUUACUCCAUUGAGCUACCUGGGCUACCACCUCUACGAAUGAAGGACCUACCCUCUUCCAUAUCCGUGCCAAAUCCCUACCUCUCCGCCUACAAUGAGAUAUUCAUAGAACUCGCAAAGUAUGAGAAGCCUAAAGUUUUGGUGAACACGUUCUAUCAACUGGAAGCUUCGGUGAUAGAUGAGACCACUGAGCUUGAAUUAAUCACAAUUGGGCCAGUAGUGGACAAGAGAUUCGUGUAUGCAACGGAAGGUAGCAGAGACCUAUUCGAGGAGGACUCGGGCGAUUAUAUCGAGUGGUUGGACGCACAAGAGGAAAGGUCAGUGGUGUACGUGGCUUUUGGCAGCUUGACACGACUGACGGGACGACAAAUCGAGGAGCUGGAUCUGGGGCUGAAGGAGAGCGGACGACCGUAUUUGUGGGUGUUGAGGAAGGAUAGCAGACCAGAAGAGGUUGGGGUGGAAAGGAUUUUGAAAGAAGGGAAGGGAAAGGUGGUGGAGUGGUGUUCACAAGUGAGAGUGCUGGAUCACAAGGCGGUGGGGUGCUUCGUGUCGCAUGGGGGGUGGAAUUCUACUUCUGAGGCGGUUUUGAGCGGCAUGCCGAUGGUGAUGCUGCCGCAGUGGAUCGAGCAGGCAACAAAUGCAAGGUUGGCAGAGGCAGUGUGGGGGAUCGCGGUGAGGGCAGAGGCAGGUGAUGAUGGGAUCGUGGAUGCGGUGGAGCUGAGACGUGGUUUGGAUGUGGUGAUGGGGGAGAAUGACAGGGCAAGGGAGAUAAGAAAGAAGGCUGAGGAGUGGAAGGAGAAGGCAAGGGCGGCGCUUGCAGAGGACGGAUCAUCGUCUAGGAACCUCAAGGCAUUUGUCAAUGGCCUUUGA